AGGGGCAAAAAUCAACAACAGCAGCAUAAUCCAAAAAUAGAAAAUGUUUAGAGUUUGUCUGUAGGAUGAUUAAAACACGUGCACAUUUACAAUAUACCCUCACUGAGCCAUCUUCAUCAUUUCCCCUUGAUUGAACCGUGCCACCAUCUUAAGAGCUAUUGCAUUACAUUUCCAUAUAUUUGAGCAGCUGAGAGUUAAGGGCCCAGCAGUGUCAGUUUGGAAGUUUUAGGAUUUGAAUUCACAAUCUUCUGGUGAAAAGUCAAUCGUCUUAACCACUGAGCUACCACACCAUUACCUUACCAUAUGUUAGAUAAGCUCUUCAGACCUGUGCGAUCAAAUCAGCAUGAAUGUACACACCAAUAACAUGUACAAUUAACAAUAAUGUUAAUGAGUUUUUAUUAAUCACAUAUACAUUACAGCAUUUCAAUAAGUAUAUGUUGAGGUUUCUGCUGGAGAGAACAUCAGAAUAUCACAGAGCCCCUUCCUGUAAUGCUUAAAUUUUGGAGACACUUGUAGAUGAUCUUGGGCCAGUCUGAACAUUAAAGACUAACACGAGUCACUUAAAAACAGGAACUUGAAUUACCAAGGAAGUAAGUUUGUAUUAGAGCAGCAUAACAUCAGAAUAAAUGGAAGACAAUAGAAAAUCACAGAAAUAUCACAAUAAUUGAUUUCAUUUGCUGGCUUAUUUGUGUAGCUCCGCCCUGCAGCACCUGAUGCUGAUUUAAAGCUCUUUCAAACUACGAGGCCUACUAUGUGGCAAGGUCAGCAUGAUAUCACACGUUGAAACUCUGCUUCAAAGUCCUUUGGACUCAAGGUCCAAUUCUUUACAUUAUCUUACUCUUAGGAGUUUAAGUGCUAUUCUUAAUUUGUUUUUGUUGUUCAUGUGUUUUAGGGGUUUGUCUUUUCCCCCAUGGCCUAACCCUGAACUACAGCAAGAUAUGAAGCUCAGGCUGCCUCUUCCCCCUGGUAGCCCAGAGCCCUGGCUUCUCCCAGGCUGCAGCUCGGUAUAUGACAGCCUGGUCAGCUCUAGGACGCCCCAAUCACCUGUGAGUGGAGAUCAGAAUUCCUCUACCAUGAACAAACCUCGCAGAUCCUCUAUUCUUGAGCGGUGCAUCCUGAAGAUUUCUACAGCCAAUGUUGCUGUAGGGACAGAGGAUCUGGAUGAGAUCAAGAGAUCCCCAACAGGACUCCGGUGGCGUUCUCACAACAUGGACCCAUCAUUUUUUGAGACUAAUGAGUCCGUGUUAAAGCGAAGACAAAAGCAGAUUCAGUAUGGCAAGAACACUUGUGGUUACCAGAACUAUGUGAAGCAAGUGCCAAAGCGUUUUCGGAUCCCGGGGUUUCACCCAUCCACUCCCAACAAAUAUCGCAAAUAUAGCCGAAGAUCGUGGGACAUGCAAGUCAGACUUUGGAGGAGAGCACUGCAUGCGUGGGACCCACCUUUGACUUAUCAAGGAAAUGAUCCAGUUGAUCAACUGUAUGUAUGUUUGAGGCUAAAAACAUGAUUAAUGUAACACUUCAGUCAUCUUUAGACCAGUAUAAGGAUCAUAUCUGUGU